AUGCAAACAUUCAACUAUAUUUCUGUAGUUUUUAUCUAUUUGUUAAUUGUGAUUUUAUGCAAACCGAUUCAAAGUCUUCCAUUAGAACGAUAUCGACAGGAAGCUCUAGCUCAACAUAAUCUAUUUCGUGCACAAUGUAAAGCAGAACCAUUACAGUACAAUGCUACACUCGAACAACGAGCACAAGCAUGGUGCGAUCAAUCAGCUAGCACGGGUCAAUUUAAUCAUAGUGGAACAAUCGAAUACGGCGAAACUAGUUACAAGAAAAGUCCGUUUGAUUUCAAUCAAGAUAAUGGUGCUACACCAGUAUUUGCGUGGUUUAACGAAAAAUCGAAAUAUAGUGUAGCAAAUCCUGAAACAGCUUUACAUUUCACUCAAGUUGUCUGGAAAAAUAGUCGACAAUUUGGUUUAGGUAUAUGCAACGUUACUAACGGUGGAGUACUGUUCGUUGCCAAUUAUUACCCAAGAGGAAACUACAAAGAUCAGUUUGCUGCCAAUGUCGACUGUUAA